CGUGACACCGGAACACUUCCGUAGUUUUUUGGGAGGUUGUUGUGCUGUCAUCGCUAGGCUAUGUUUCUCCAUCAACUUUAGACGAGACGACCCGCUUCGUUAUUAAUUCACGAUCUUUCCCGCUGAGCAUUAAAACUAUCCUGCUUCCAUGUCCAAAGAUAGCCGACAUGAUGGGCGAAGACGUAGCGCUGGUCAGCACCGUCUCGGUCCAAGAAUAAGCCAAGGCGGGGAUGGACGAGACAGAUCUGGUAGCAAUAGCUCAGGCUCCUCUCACGGAGGAGGCAAGAGCAAGAACACACCCAUAGUAGCUCUGAAGGCGUCCUUCCAGCGGUCCAACAGCCAUGACAAGGUGAGGAAGAUCGUGGCGGAGGAGGGCCGUGCCGCCCGCAACCUCAUCGCCUGGAGCGUCCCCCUGGAGAGCAAGGAGGAGGAAGCAAAGUCCAAAAACAACUCCAGCGGCAAUGCAAGAGCUCAGCGAAUCAACUCUGGACUAAACCGAAAUAAGAAACAGCAUGCCGGCGUGGACGGCAAAGUCACGGUGGGCCUUUUGCUGGACAAGAUGGCGGAGAAGAGCCCUACCAAAGCCCGGCAGCCACGCAAGGUGGACCUGCGGGCACGCUACUGGGCCUUCCUGUUCGACAACCUGAGGCGCGCCGUGGACGAGAUCUACGUCACGUGUGAAUCGGACCAGAGUGUGGUCGAAUGCAAGGAGGUCCUGAUGAUGCUAGACAACUACGUAAGGGACUUCAAAGCUCUCAUCGACUGGAUCCAGCUCCAGGAGAAGUUGGAGAAAACAGACGCUCAAAACAGGCCGACCUCUUUAGCAUGGGAGGUGCGCAAGAUGUCUCCCGGACGGCAUGUGCUGCCCAGCCCCUCGUCAGACCGGCUCGUCCCCUCGCCCGGCGCGCGGCGCGCGCUGAACUUUGGUGGUCCUCCGCCUAACCUGGCUGUAGCCCGUCUCUCCCUCACCGGCCCCAGCUGGGCGGACCGGGUCAAAUCGUCCCAGUCUCUGCCCUGCUCUGCCCACCCUUCACCCAUAGAGAAGCCUGGUAAACUGGACGCCGAGGGCUGGGAGACGGUCCAGCGGGGGCGCCCCGCUAGGCCGCGCUCGGCCGCCAUGGUGGCCAAGGUGAAUCCAGUCCGGGCUCAGGCCCUCCCCAAGCAGGACGGCAGCAGAGACAAACCCCCGCGGGGGGGGGAGCAGCAGCAGCAGCAGCAGCAGCCGCAGCCGCCCGAGAGUCUGGGCUGCUCCCCGGACAAGGAGGUGACCCGGGCGGACUCCCAGCAGCCAGUCUCCGAGGAGCCGGCCCCCCCGGGGAAGGCCGGGGACACGGAGCAAGGGCACGGCACGGAGCCCCCAGCAGAGAGCGCACCAGACUCGGGCCGGUGUGUCGACGUGUCUUACGAGGAUGUACCCUCCCACCUCAUGUCGGCCCCCUCCCCAUCCCAGGGCCCCGAGGCCAGCCCUCCCCCCCCGACCGCCACCGCCUCCACCACCCCACCGCCCUCCGUCCCCGUCCCUGUCCCCGCACCGGCCCCUCUCUCGGGGUCCCCCGACCGGGCCCCGGCAGACACGCCGACCCCUGUGCCUUGCUCAGGGGCUGGCAGCGGGCCAGUGGGGGGCACGCCGCUGGGGGGCACGCCGCUGGGCGGCGCGGAAACAUCUGGGGCUGCGGGACAGGCCACGGCGGCGACCCCCGCUGUACCGCUGACACCGGAGAGCGGGCAGGACCCCACAGAGCUUUCCACUCCCCAGUCCAUGGCGGAGGUGCUGGCCAAGAAGGAGGAGCUGGCCGACCGCCUGGAGCGGGCCAACGAGGAGGCCAUCGCCAGCGCCAUCGCGGAGGAGGAGCAGCUGACCCGCGAGAUCCAGGCGGAGCACAGCGAGCUGGAGACGGACAACGACAGCGACUUCACGGCGGGCAUGAACAGCGGAGGAUGCGGCCUCAACCUGGAUUGGAGCGAGGUGCUGGCGGAGUACGAAGAACUGUUUUCCGUUGUGCCCCCCGCAGCCCGGGAGCCGUGGCGCCAGAGCACCUCGUGGGGCGACAUCGUGGAGGAGGAACCGGCGAGGCCGCCGGGACACGGGAUCCACAUGCACGAGAAGCUGUCGUCGCCGUCACGGAAGAGAACCAUCGCCGAGUCCAAGAAGAAGCACGAGGAGAAGCAGCUGAAGGCCCAGCAGCUCCGGGAGAAGCUGAGGGAGGAGAAGAACCACAAGCUGCAGAAGCUUUUGGAGCGGGAGAAGGAGGUGAGGAAGUGGAAGGAGGAGCUUCUGGAUCAGCGGCGCAAGAUGAUGGAGGAGAAGCUGCUGCACGCCGAGUUCAAGAGGGAGCUGCAGCUGCAGGCCAUCGUCAAGAAGGCCCAGGAGGAGGAGGCCAAGGUGAAUGAGAUUGCCUUCAUCAACACGCUGGAGGCCCAGAACAAGAGGCACGACGUGCUGGCCAAGCUGAACGAGUACGAGCAGCGGCUGAACGAGCUGCAGGAAGAGAGGCAGCGCAGGCAGGAGGAGAAGUCUGCCAGGGACGAGGCCGUACAGGAGCGAAAGCGCGCCCUGGAGGCGGAGCGGCAGGCCCGGGUGGAGGAGCUGCUGAUGAGGAGGAAGGAGCAGGAGGCACGCAUCGAGCAGCAGAGGCAGGAGAAGGAGAAGGCCAGGGAGGACGCGGCGCGAGAGCGGGCCAGGGACCGAGAGGAGCGCAUGGCAGCGCUGAGCGCCGCCCAGCAGGAGGCCAUGGAGGAGCUGCAGAAGAAGAUUCAGAUGAAGCAUGACGAGAGCAGCCGGCGCCACAUGGAGCAGAUCGAGCAGAGGAAGGAGAAGGCGGCGGAGCUCAGCAGUGGCCGACACGCCAACACGGACUACGCGCCCAAACUGACGCCCUACGAGCGCAAGAAGCACUGCUCGCUGUGCAACGUGGUGAUCACCUCCGAGGUGCACCUGUUCAGCCACACCAAGGGAGUGGGCCACCAGCAGGCCGUCCGGGACGGCAGCAGCAUCCAGGGACGGGAGCUCUCGGACGAGGAAGUGGAGCAUCUCUCCCUGAAGAAGUACAUCGUGGACAUUGUGACGGACUGCUCCGUGGCCACGGAGGGCCAGGUCAAGGAGGGAGAGGAGCGGCAGAAGGCCAGGAAAAGGGCAAAGAAGCUUCGCACAAGGAUGAACGCUAGAGCGAAGGACUAUGAAGCGUCUGUGGAAGCGAAGGCCCAGGUCCCAGACUCCCCGUACAAAGCAAAGCUGCAGCGGCUGGUGAAGGACCUGUUGAAGCAGCUGCAGGGCCAGGAGACGGGCCAGUGGGCCAACAACAGGGUGUCGGGGCUGGACCGGACCCUGGGCGAGAUCUCCCGCAUCCUGGAGAAACAGAACAAUGCCGAUCAAGUGGCCUUCCAGGUGGGGGGAGGCAUCUCGGCCCUGGAGCAGAUCCUCCAGGUCAUCACGGCCACCUCCACGCCAACCACUGUCCCACGCAUCCCCCUCAGGUCCCUUUGUGCCGCGGUUCACACCUACUACCUGGCCUGUUCCCACUGCCCCCUGAACUCUGCCUACGUUCUCUUCAGCAACAAGAUCGCCCUCCUCAUGGACCUCCUCCACCACCAGCUAGCACUGUACGUCCCAGAGGAAGACAAGUCCAUAUUUGGGCGCAGUGUGAACAAGCAGGUGUUUGAUGGGCUCACCACCGGCCUGCUGCAGACCGUCUCCACCGUGCUGGGCCAGCUGUGGCCCCCCAUCUCGGACCACAGCCAGCUAGACCUGGUCCGGAUCUGCUCCCCAGAGACCAAGUCCAAGGGCUCGGCUUUGGACUGCUUCAACACACGCCUCCACGACCUCCUCAGCUACGUGGUCAACAUGGGCUUGAUUGACAAGCUGUACGGCUGCUUCCUGUCGGUGCAAGGGCCCGUCGACGAGAGCCCCAAGAUGUCUGCAUUCCUGCAGCAGGCCUCGGCCAUGCUGCACGGCUACUGCAGGCUGUGCUUCGCCGUGACGGCCCGCUCCACCAGCAUCUUCGACAACAAGCGCCAGGACGGGACGGGGCUGACGGCCCUGCUGCAGCACACGGAGCUCGUCGGCGUGGUGCACAGCCUCUACUGCAUCCUGCUGCACAGCUACCUGCCCGACGCCUCCAGCCAGGCCCCCCACGGCCCCCAGGAGCCCUACGCCCCCGGGGUCAUCCAGGUGGCCCUGCAGGGCGUCCGCUUCCUCAACAGCUUCGCCCUGCUGCACCUGUCCGCCUUCCAGUCUGUCCUGGGCGCGGAGGGUCUGUCCCUGGCCUUCCGCCACAUCGUGAGCUCCCUGCUGUGGUACUGCUCCCAGCACUCCUCCGAAGAGCUGCUGCACGAGGUCAUCAUCUGCGUGGGCUACUUCACCGUCAACAACACGGACAACCAGGUGAUCGUGCAGUCUGGCCGGCAGCCCAGCGUGCUGCAGAAGCUGUGUCAGCUCCCCUUCCAGUACUUCAGCCACCCGCGGCUCAUCAAGGUGCUCUUCCCCUCGCUCAUCUCGGCCUGCUACAACAACCCCCAGAACAAGGUCAUGCUGCAGCAGGAGAUGAGCUGUGUGCUGCUGGCCACCUUCAUCCAGGACUGCGCCUCAAGUGAAAAAGAGCAAGAAAGUUCAGGAAAGCAAGGAGACAAAGUCUCCCAGCUGCUGGACCUCUGCGAGCUGUCCAACCGCUUUCCCCGAGACAUGUGGGACUCAGCGCUGCAGUUCUUCCUCCGCAAGCAGGAGGACCCAUAGCCAUGGUUGACCCGGCUCCCACACUACAGCAGGCCGGAGCCGCCUCUAAAGGGACCUCUACCCCUUCUCUAUCUGGGGGUAGACCCCGGCCCGUCGGACCAGGGGUUGAGCUCGGUGCAAGGCACGCAAAAUACACAAGAAGUCUUCAAGCCCUGCCAAACUUUUCAAAAUAAAUAUCUAUAUGACCUGUGAAACUGAACGACGGAGUGAUAUUCUAUGCUGGUUUAUUCUAUGUCUAUUUAUCUAUUUACCUGGGGAAACGAGACGUCUUCUCUCUUUUUUCCCUAUGGGCAUUUUUUGCACAUUGAACCGUUUUAUUUUGUGCAUCUACGCUCGUUUGCACAUUGUUUUAUUUCUCUUAUAAUAUGUUCGAGACCAUCCAGAUAACCUGUUUAGUACCUAGACUAGCCGAGUUUGUAUUGUGUUGUAUGGUUUCUGGUGGAAAUGUAUACUUGUCAGAGUGACAAAAAAUAAACCUACAUACUACUGUAAUCCGUGUUUUCUAAACAAUCUGCGUUGAUGCUGUGGUUUUCAGUAGAGUGUCGGCCUAGCGGUUAUGUGCUAGCAUUAUGAGGACCUGACCACACCGUUAUCCAUACACAGCUUAGGGAACACAGAGUUUUCUGUGCAAACAUUCACGAGACUGUAUGCUGUUUGCAGUUACGCAAACCGUUACACAUUUAAAGUUUCUGUGUUUUAUUUGUCCUGUUACCUGAAAGCAAUCGUAUUUUAAGGUGUGUUGAAAUAAUGUCUCAUGUCAAAUAAAUUAUUACUAAUGUGUUUGAAUUCUUGACUCCUGUAUUUAAUUGA